CGCUCUUCUUCCGUCGCGUCAGUUCCAACAUGGCGGCGCCCGAUGUCGCCGCCGGAGUGGAGGGAGGCACCAGUUUGUCCGAAUCACCCACCGGAGAGGUGAAGAGACCCCAGUUCGGGACGCGGUUCCUUUCGGACCCGCGGCAGGUCUUCCAGCACAACGCCUGGGACAAUGUCGAGUGGUCUGAGGAGCAAGAAAGAGCCGCCAAGGAGAAGGUGUCAGAGAACAGCCAACCACUUCCUCUGGAGAAACAAGAGGAGUAUGACAGUCGGGCCAGUGAUUACUGGAAUGACUUUUACACGGUCCAUGAAAACCGUUUUUUCAAGGACCGACACUGGCUGUUCACUGAGUUCCCAGAGUUGGCCCCUCAGUUCAGCCUGAGCCACGAAUCCCAUCCUGAGGUCUCUGGCACAGACGGCGUGCAGCGGAAUCGCUUGGAUCAGGAGCAAUGCGGAGAAACCGCUGCUCUGCCUCACGCUGAUGGUGACUUCCCAGGCUCCUCUGCCACAUAUCGAAUUCUGGAGGUUGGCUGCGGUGUGGGCAACACGGUUUUUCCAAUACUGAAAACCAACAAUGAUCCGGGACUCUUCGUUUACUGCUGUGAUUUCUCCAGCACUGCUGUGGAGUUAGUUAAGACUAAUCCAGAGAGUGACCCAGGGCGCUGCUUUGCCUUUGUUCAUGACUUGAGUGAUGUGGAAGCCAAUUACCCUGUGCCCGAUGGAACCCUUGAUGUUAUAGUGCUUAUCUUUGUGCUAUCAGCGUUGCAUCCCAAUAAGAUGCAGGCGUCGAUCAGUAGAUUAGCACGGCUGUUGAAGCCCGGGGGAGUGAUGCUGCUCAGAGACUAUGGUCGCUAUGACAUGGCACAACUACGAUUUAAGAAAGGACGGUGUUUGUCAGAAAACUUUUACGUCCGAGGAGAUGGAACAAGAGUGUAUUUUUUUACUCAAGAUGAACUUCACGAGCUAUUUAUCGGAGCAGGGCUUGAAAAGGUUCAAAACCUUGUGGACAGAAGGCUACAGGUGAACAGAGGAAAGCAGCUCACCAUGUACAGGGUGUGGAUCCAGUGCAAGUACCGCAGGGCUCCAAUUCAGGGAGAGACCACCGGCCUGGCAUGACCUUCAGCCUGAAACCAAAGCAGCGCUGGCGUCUUUCUGACAAUUUGUGGAAGCGAGGCGCUCCGUUGAAGAGGAUGCAACUGGAUAGUUUAAUUGCUUACUUUUAAACUUUCCCAGCUGGAUUUAUGUUGAUAGAUUUGUUUAAUGAGUGGCGCCGCAGUACAAGCUUGAUGAUUUCUCAUUUUCCUCUGAUGAGCUCAGUGAUGUGAGAAAGGGCUGGCGUUUUUAUUCUGGCAGAUGCUGUUUUUAAAUUGGCUGACAUUUUGUAGCACACUUCAAUUUAUAGAAAACACUUAAUUACCUUUUUUUUAUACAAUAAAUAAAAACCUGUGUCAUGUUGA